GAUCGUCUGCUGCUAUGUCUUUCUGGGCUGUUAUCGCUCUUCUCGGCUUCUGUCUGAGCGCCAUCUCCGCAUUUCCAUCUAAAGAGCGACAACCCUCUCCUGGAGAUGUGGAACAGGACAAACAGAUACCGGUCAAGAUACGUAGACAGGCACCCUCCCGACACUCUACACUGUGCGGUACGAUCGAAGAGACGGAACAGCCCCCGCAUGUAGACAGCAAUGGUAUACGUUACCAAGUUAUUCAGACGUCGGAUGUACGGCAGAGUAUCAAAACGUACCGGUGCAUCUCCACUCAGGACUGUGGUCCCGGCAUCAAAACUCAAGAUUACCAUUGCUCUUGCAGGCAGCUGCAUGGACAGGUCACUCUCUUGGUCAAAGACUCCAGCGAUCGUACAAUCACCAUGCCCUACCAAUACAAGCGGGGUUGUUCAGCAGAAGUGACGAAUAUAUCUUAGACUUGACAACAAUAAAGAUGAG